AUGGAUCCUUCUGAGCAAAGUUGUGAAGAAUGGAGUUCACUUAGUGGAUUUUACACAGCUGAGGAAGCUGAUUUUAUGGGCCAGUUACUUGAUAACUGUCAAGUCCCUGACCACCAUUAUGGAAACUUCAAUUUGGAAGUUCCAUCUACAUUAUGGCCUGGACAUGACUCAACAAUAGUGAGCAUGCAUAACAGUCACCAUUUUCCUCAAAAUGUUAACAUUGAUUUUUCAAGUUUUUUGCAAGGAAGUAACACAAUUUCUGAUACUAAUGGUGGUUACAACUGUUUGAAUGAUGAUCAAGUAGCAAACGUUGGCUACAUAUCCAUGAUGGAUGGCGAUUUCGGCGCUUGUAGAGUUCAAAGGAAUGAUAGUGCACAGUUAACUGAAAACAACACUGAUGAAGAGUUUUGUCAAGAGGUUAUUUGUGACAAGAAUUUUCAGGCUCCCAUGGAAUGUGAAGAGGUACUAGUUUCUGAAUCAGUGGAAGAGGGUGUUAGUAUCAACAUGGAAAAAACAGGAAAAAGAUCUAGAAGCUCAAUGAAGGUACAAAAGAAUAAGAAAAAUAUCAAACCUAGAAAGAAAUCAAAGUCUAUAAGCAACACUGAAGAGGAUGAAAGUCCUGAUCUUCAGGAGCAGAUAUUGAGCUCGGAGGAGGAUGACUUCAAUGCUUCUCAGAAGCUAAAUGAAGAUGGGUCUUCAAUUGUAAACCGGGACGAUUCAGCGUCGAUGAAGGUAAAAGGAAAAUCAAGAUGUGAUAGAGGUUCUAGCACUGAUCUCCAAGGUGUCUAUGCAAAAAAAAGAAGAGAAAGAAUAAAUGAAAGGUUGAAAAUCCUACAAAGUCUAGUCCCCAAUGGAACCAAGGUUGAUAUCAGUACCAUGCUUGAGGAAGCUGUGCAAUAUGUGAAGUUUUUGCAGGUCCAAAUUAAGCUUUUGAGCUCUGAUGAUCACUGGAUGUAUGCUCCCAUUGCUUACAAUGGAAUGAACAUUGGACUAAACCUCAACAUUACACCACCGAAAUUACCAUAG